UUCGGUGAGCGCGGAUCAGGUCUGCGCCCCAGGGGCCAAGUACAAGACUUCUACAGCCUCCGCCAGCAAUGUCAAGAUGAGGGUACUCUGUUUGAGGACCCUGAAUUUGCUGCUGCGGACUCCUCCAUCUUCUUCUCCCGCUCCCCGCCUAAGCCCUUCGAGUGGAAGCGGCCCCAUGAGAUCACAGACGAACCUCAACUCUUCAUUGACGGUGCAUCCCGCUUUGAUGUCAAGCAAGGAGAACUUGGUGACUGUUGGCUCUUGGCUGCUGUGGCAAACUUGACGCUGAAUAAGCGUCUGUUUUAUCAGAUUGUGCCUAGUGAUCAAGGAUUUGGAGACAACUAUGCUGGUAUUUUCCACUUCAGAUUUUGGCAAUAUGGACGCUGGGUAGAUGUGGUGAUUGACGAUCGUCUUCCCACAUUCUAUGGCCGUCUUGUCUUCAUGCACUCAGAAGAAAAGAAUGAAUUUUGGUCUGCUCUUGUUGAGAAGGCUUAUGCUAAGUUGCAUGGCUCAUAUGAGGCUUUGAAGGGAGGGACUACCUGUGAGGCCAUGGAGGACUUCACUGGAGGAGUUUCUGAAAUUUACGACCUCACCAAGGCACCUCCAAACCUCUUCAACAUCAUGCUAAAGGCCUACCAGCGUGGAUCAUUAAUGGGAUGCUCUCUGGAACCCGACCCAAAUGAAGUGGAAGCCCGCUGUGACACUGGCCUCAUUCGUGGCCAUGCCUACUCUGUCACCAGGAUCAAGUAUUGUGAGAUCAACACACCCAGAGUGUCUGGCAAGAUUCCACUCAUUCGAAUUCGUAAUCCUUGGGGAAAUGAAGCCGAGUGGCAAGGAGCGUGGAGUGACCAAAGUCCCGAGUGGCGGUAUAUUCCACCAGAGGAAAAGGAAGAGAUAGGUCUGACUUUUGAACACGACGGAGAGUUCUGGAUGUCAUUUAAGGACUUCUUAUCAAACUUCACUAUGUUGGAAUUGACCAACUUGAACCCUGACUCCUUGGAUGACGAGGACAUAACAGGAUCCGUUCAACACAAGUGGGAAAUGAGUGUGUUUGAAGGAGCUUGGAUUCGUGGAUCCACAGCCGGUGGCUGUAGAAACUUCUUGGAUACAUUCUGGCACAACCCUCAGUACAGAAUCACGCUGACAGAAGUGGACGACGACGACGACGACAACAAGUGUACUGUAAUUGUAGCGCUCAUGCAGAAGAACCGCCGCUCACAGAGGAAGCUGGGCCUCGAGUGCCUAACUAUUGGCUUUGCCAUCUAUCAUCUACGAGAUCCAGAUAAUGUACCACGUCCUCUGGAUCUCAACUUCUUCAAGUACAGUGCAUCAGUGGCACGUUCUCCAUCCUUCAUCAACAUGCGUGAGGUGUCAUGCCGCUUUAAGCUUCCCCCUGGCACGUACUGCAUCGUUCCAUCAACAUUUGAACCAAAUGAGGAAGGAGAGUUCAUCCUCAGAGUGUUCUCUGAGAAAUCUAAUGAGAUGGAAGAAAAUGAUGAAAAUGUUGGUUUUGGACAAGUAGAUGAAAGGGUGCGACCCGAGGAAUCACAGGAGAUUGAAGCAGAUGAGAGGAUUCGAGGGUUCUUCAGUAAGGUGGCAGGAGAAGACCUGGAGAUUGACUGGAAAGAAUUACAAGAUGUACUUAACUUUGCUCUCAAAAGAGAGUUCAACUUUGAGGGCUUCAGCAAGGACGUGUGUCGCAGCAUGAUUGCCAUGAUGGAUGUUGACAGGUCUGGCAUGCUUGGUCUACAAGAAUUCCUGCAGCUCUGGACAGAUAUCAGGGUUUGGAAGAAUGCCUUCAAGCUUCACGAUAAGGACGGCUCUGGCCUCUUGUGCUCCUUUGAACUUCGACAAGCACUCAACUCCGCCGGGUAUCGCUUGAACAACCACAUUUGCAAUGCUCUCAUGCUACGCUACGGUGACAAAGAAGGGAGGAUUUCCUUUGAUGACUUCAUCAUGUGCUCUGUCAAGCUCAAAACCAUGAUGGAGAUUUUCCAAGAGAGGGAUCCAGAAAAGACCUUAAGUGCCACCUUCACGUUAGAGGAAUGGAUCGAGAAUACUAUGUAUUCUUAAAGACAGAACAUUGUUGCUUGUGACGGUCUAGUGUCUCCAAAUUUUGCCAUAUGACAGCAGACACUGGCACCAAGCAGACACUGAUCGUUGCCAGUCAACAGCUGUACAGAAUGCUACUGCACACUUACUUUUAACUGUAGGAAAUAUUGGUUGUAAAUCCGUCUUAAUUAUUUAUAUGCAAAACUGUCAUUCAAUUUAACAAUAAGCAAACUCCAAUUGUGAUGUUAUUGUAUUUUAAUUAAAAACAUAUUUUAGCCAUAAAUAUCCAUACUUGUUGAAUCUCAAUAAAUCUACAUUUAGUAACAUUUAAAUAAGACCAUAACAUGUUUGGCUUGAAAUGUGAUUAGUCAAGAGAUCCCAGAAAAACAUAGAAACAACUGUAUUAAAAACUGUUUUCAAUCUAAUAUGGAUGCUCUCAAAUGGUCGAAAAAACGCACAAAUUUUAAUCAAAGAUUCAGGUAUAAUCUUCGUGUGUGUAUUUAAAGUGGCUGCCCUAUACUAUGUUUAUCACGGAUCCUGGAGCGGGUUAAGCUACUACUUUAAGCUUCUGAUGCAAGUAUUAGAUUCAUAGUCAUCAGAUCAAAUGUUUUUCCUCAAGCUAAGGAAUAAAAGGAACUAAGGCUAAGGUAGUGAUGUUUGUGACCACACUAUGAAUAAAUCUGCGAUGCUUACACUGUCAGUAUCUUUGAAUAACUUACAUAUGUCAGUAUUUUAUAAUUACUGCACUUAGUUGUUACUAUCUUACUGUAGUUAAUUCUACAUGACCACUUUUUAUUAAAGAGGGUAUUAGUGCAUGUUUUGUAAUAUUUUUGUAUAGAUUUUAGCGGUUUAUUUGUUUAAGGCUGUUGCUUGAGUGGUCUUGAAUGCUUUUAGAUUAAGUGUAUCUUUCACGGAGAUGUAAAUAGUACUAAUAUUUACACAUGUAUUGUCAAUGGAUUGAGAACACACUAAAUCCAUCCAUUUCUAAAGCAUCCAUCAUCAGUGUUACUGCUCGUUCAUGCUACAUUAUCGUUAAAAAUGUUUAAAAGAUGUUCUUUAUUUUAGAUACGGUGCAGUGUCCACAGAUUCACAACUUAUUAUGGUGCUAUAUAUUUUUUAGCUAAAAUGUUUUCAUGAAAGUAACUUAUAAGCAUAUAGAAGCUGUCAAGACUUCUUUUAUAUACUGUAUUGAAUUAGGUAGAGCAUAAUUUCCUUUGAAAUAUUUGACUUUUAGAUCGAAUCUUGAUUUUAAAAUAAAUAUCAGCAGGUACAUAAUAUUUGAAAAUAUUCUCUUAUCAAUCAUGACACGAAACAAAUGUUUGGAUUAGUAUUGAACUGCGUUAACUUUUAUAUCUAUAUACUUAAGCAUCUGUAGCUCUCAAAACUGAUAGUUUAAAAUGGUUGGCAAAUAUGUUUGGAUAUGAAAGAUAUUAAUUUCUUGCCAUCUGUGGUUAUUACUUCAAGAGUACUGUUGUGCGGUGGAUAUUGUGAAGCCAUCUGCACGCAUUACAAAUAUCUUGACACCAUACAAUUACGAGUCCUCAUUAUGAGUAAAUAUGCAGAUAUUUAUUACAGUAAUACACAUUGUAUUAAAUAUAUAUAUGUAUGUAUCUUUUUGAUGAUUAAAUUGAAAUUUUAUUUUUAAAUCUAUCAGUAAUGCAACACUGUAGAACACACUACUUUAGAUUACAUGAUUUAAUUUUGCCAACCCCUUUACUUAUAUGUUGCUUACUUAUUUUGUAUUUUCAUCAAAUUUACAUAUAAAUUUACAUACAAAUUUAAUAUAUAUAUAUAUAUAUAUAUAUAUAUAUAUAUAUAUAUAUAUAUAUAUAUAUAUAAUAUAAUAUAAUAUAAUAUUGCUAACUGAUUUUUAUCAUUCAAUUGUUUCUUGAAAAGUAGCAUUUACCGUAGAGAACUAAAUUUUUUUGUUUGGUUCACAACAAUAAUAACAAUGUAUAUCAGAAUAAUUCUUAACAAAAAUACACCUUAUGCAAUUGAAAA